GCUGGGGGAGAGUGUUGCUGGUUGUCGCCUUCCUUUUCUAAGCUGAUUUACUUGUUUUAAGGUCUGACCUCAUCAUCCUGUCGGUAUGGUCCCCCACCUAAUCAGUUAGCAGCAGCACAGCAUCCGUGAAGAGAAAAAACUGUGCACAGCUCAAACAGGACUGAAUGUGUUUGUAUAUAGAUGUGUGGAGAAACACAGGAAGAGAGUAUUGAGAGCUGAGGCAACUGAAGAAAAGGAAUUGUUCUUUUAUUGCUGGUUAAAAAGGCUUUUUGCCUUUUUUCCCCUUUUCUGUUGCCUUCACAAACAUGUCGGUGUCAGGGAAGAAAGAGUUUGAUGUGAAACAGAUCUUGAGGCUUCGCUGGAGGUGGUUUAGCCAUUCCUCGCAAGGCUCAGCAGGUAAUGGAGGCUACAUCCAGCAGGAAGGUUUCGAGCAUAGGGGCACGCCAGUUCAAAACCGGUUAAAGAGUCACUCCCGGGACAGGAGCGGACUUCGCAAGAGCAGCAGUCCCGUGCACAGCAUACUGGCGCCAACCCUGGCCCCAACACCAGUCUGUGCAAGACCUGAUAAUCAAUCACGGAACCAGCAGAACAUUACAGAACACUUGCAGGUGAAUGAUGGGCUGUCCAAAAUCAGCUUGCAAGAGAAUACCGGGAAGGAAGAUUCCAAAAAUGGCAAAGAGGAUGUAAAUUCAACUACUGAAUACCCUUUGGAGGAGGAUGCAAGGGAGAGGUUAUCAGUAAGCAGCUACUCUCACGCCACGAUGAACUCCAACUGCUCUGAUGAGUUUUUUCAAGCUAUGAAUCAUGCCGAGCAGACUUUUCGCAAGAUGGAGAACUACCUCCAACACAAGCAGCUGUGCGAUGUCCUCCUGAUUGUGGGAGAUCAUAAAAUCCCAGCACACAGGCUUGUUCUCAGUGCAGUCUCAGAUUAUUUUGCUGCAAUGUUCACUAACGACGUACGUGAGGCAAAACAAGAAGAGAUUAAAAUGGAGGGUGUGGAUCCAGAUGCUCUUAAAGCUCUUGUACAUUAUGCAUAUACUGGUGUACUGGAGCUGAAAGAGGAGACUAUUGAAAGCCUCCUUGCUGCAGCAUGCCUUCUUCAGCUUCCCCAAGUGAUUGAGGUGUGCUGCAAUUUUCUUAUGAAACAGCUGCAUCCCUCCAACUGCUUAGGAAUCCGAUCAUUUGCUGAUGCACAGGGAUGCAUGGAUCUGCUAAAUGUGGCUCACAGUUAUACUAUGGAACACUUCUUGGAGGUGAUACAGAAUCAAGAGUUCCUCCUGCUCCCUGGUCCCGAGAUAGUUAAGCUUAUGGCAAGCGAUGAUAUCAAUGUGCCCGAUGAGGAGACUAUAUUCCAGGCUUUGAUGAUGUGGGUGAGACACGAUGUUCCAGCCAGGCAACAAGAGUUGGGGCGGCUUCUUUCUUUCAUCAGAUUGCCGCUGCUGCCACCACAGCUCCUGGCUGACCUGGAAAACAGUAAAAUGUUUGCUGAUGAUCUGGAAUGUCAGAAACUGCUUAUGGAAGCAAUGAAGUACCAUCUGUUACCAGAGAGAAGACCCAUGCUGCAAAGCCCCAGAACUAAACCAAGGAAGUCCACUGUUGGAGCUUUGUAUGCAGUGGGAGGCAUGGAUGCUUCCAAGGGCGCCACUACAAUUGAAAAAUAUGAUCUCCGUACAAACACUUGGAUACAAGUGGGCACAAUGAAUGGCAGACGGCUGCAGUUUGGAGUCGCAGUGAUUGACAACAAGCUGUAUGUUGUGGGAGGCAGAGAUGGACUGAAAACAUCUAACAUGGUUGAAUGCUACAACCCAGUAACCAAAGUGUGGUCUGUAAUGCCACCGAUGUCCACACACAGGCAUGGAUUAGGAAUUGCAGUUCUUGAAGGACCAAUGUAUGCAGUUGGUGGACAUGAUGGCUGGAGUUAUCUAAACACAGUAGAGAGAUGGGACCCUCAGGCAAGACAGUGGAAUUAUGUUGCCAGCAUGUCAACACCAAGAAGCACAGUGGGAGUAACAGCCCUCAACGGCAAAUUAUAUGCAGUUGGUGGACGGGAUGGCAGCUCUUGUUUAAGGUCAAUGGAGUGCUUUGAUCCUCACACCAACAAGUGGAGUAUGUGUGCACCUAUGUCCAAACGGAGGGGAGGAGUCGGAGUUGAGACCUACAAUGGAUUUCUGUACGCAGUUGGUGGCCACGAUGCUCCUGCUUCAAACAACUGUUCUCGUCUUUCAGACUGCGUGGAACGGUAUGAUCCAAAGACUGACACUUGGACAACAGUGGCCCAGUUAAGCGUUCCAAGGGAUGCAGUCGGUGUGUGCCUGCUUGGAGACAGACUGUAUGCAGUUGGUGGAUAUGACGGUCACACCUACCUGAACUGUGUUGAGUCAUAUGAUGCACAGGACAAUGAAUGGAACACGGAGGUGUCUCUCAACAUUGGAAGGGCUGGGGCCUGCGUUGUGGUUGUCAAACUUCCAUGAAGACAAAUCCUUCUUUGAAACAAAAGGUCCUUUGUGCGACAAGAAAACCUAAAGUCAUCUUUUCUGUAACCAAGCACAAACAGCAUCUUUUAUGAGGGGACUUCUGCUAAUUUGAGCCAUUACUUGAUUCAUAUGGACAAAAUGAAACGUGGAUUACAUUGCUAACCGGAAAAUGUAACAAUUGUGGGCAAAGAGAACGUGACCAAAUUAUACCUGUUUUAGUUCACUUGAAUAUUUUUCAGUUAUUUAAUUUAAAAAUGUAGACUAUACUUUGUCACCAGGAACAUGUUUUAUAACAGUUGACAAAACACUGGGGACAGGCUGAAGUAUCACAAAUUGUCCCACUUAUAUAUUUUUUGAAAAGCAGAAUACAUAUUUUUGAUCUUGAUUGAAUUAUAAGUAAACUUUGAUUAGCUGUUGCAAAUGUGUGCUCUUAACACUGUUUUAUGUGGCUAAUACAAGUGUCAACACCAUGAAACUAAUGAGAAACUCAUUAGUUUAAACCUAGGACUUGGGAGUCGGAGCAAAUAAGCCACUUUCAAUUAUGAACAAAUUCUGGCCAAAAACCUCACUGGCAAUUUUUGGUUAAGGCAGUUGAUAUGUUUCAUUAGACACCUUGAUUCUCCAAUGUCACAUACUUCUUUUUAUUGUGCUGUUUCCUUUAACAACAUAUUUUAAAUCAUAACUGGUAAAGCUGAUGUUUGUGUUUUCAGUGUCUCUGUACUGUUAGUGGCUGUGAGUUUUUUUUACAUAAGACAAGUUAAGCGCAAGAGGAGGCCAAUUCCUAGCAGUCAGUUUUUAACUGGUUCUGAUUCCACUGUCUGUUUCGCUUGCGGUUGUGACUAGCAUUUACUUUGUUGACUCCUGACAGGACUUUAAAGACUUUGAUUAGGUUUCCCGUAACCAUUGAAAGUUAAAUAGGUUCAAUUCCUUAAACCUGUCUUCAGGAGUCCUAACCUUUAACCCUCAGAAUUGUAUCAUUGCUCUUUGCUGGACUCGCCAAAGCAGCUGUGUGACGACCAGAGCUGAAUGCAGUAUUCUGGUGAGACUGUCACCAGUGCAACCUUGUAAUCUCCCUUGGUUAGUCCGACAUUUUGACAAUAUGUUAUGUUCGCCUCAUUAAUGGCUUCUCCACACGGCCUGAAAUAAAAACGAUUGCUGCUUACAUUUUGUACACGUACUCUUACAAUGAGAUGACUGCACAAUUCUUCUUUCAGUGCAUUUUUUUUUUUUUUUGCAGAUGCAGCAGUAUUACCAAACAGUGAGUUAACCAUUUGUGAUUCAUCAAAUUGUGAAAAAGAGGGAUCACUGUAUCUAGAAAAUUCAUAUUACUGUAAAUUGUAAAGAAACUUAUUCAAAUGUAUUUACAUUAUUUACCAUAAAUAUACCAUUUUUACAGAUCUGUUGAGAACACAUUAUUGCACAUACUUUAAAUCAGUUAUUCUAAUAUAAUUUAUCAUGUUACUAACACCUCAUUUGCAUACCUAAUAAAACCUAGAUCUUACCACAUUUGCAUGUAUGAUUAAAUGAUUCAUCCAUACCCAUUUCUUAUGUUAUGUCGUUGUCAUAGAGAUAGCUCCGAUUUUGAGCUUACACCUGUGGUGGGGGAUGUAUGCUACUGACUGACAUACUUGUUUACUUUGUUUAUUAUAAUAUUUACAAAUCAUUACAUUUUGUGGAUGACUUCCUCUUUGACACUAACAGACAACUCAUAUUUUAUGAUGGUUGUAGAUUUGUACUUGUCUUGUCAGUGCUGCUGUGUGUGUUUUAAAGGAAAAUAGUUAUGUGUUUAUAUAAAUAACAAUGCUUUCAAAGACACUGUGAAUAUCUUUUUUAGUGAUAUGAGAGAAGAGAUUCAAAUUUUGUCUUAUUAAUGCACAGAAAAAGCCAAAUGUGUUAGAUUUUGAAGAAGAGCACUUGAAAAGAAACAAAUGUAUUUAAGGUAAUGGUAUAUAACAAAAUAGGUUACUUUAUAAACCUUCUAAAUAAUUGUAUAUAGCAACAUUGAGGCUACAUUGAGUCAUGGACACAUAAUUAAGCUGUUUUCAAGUUAUAGGUGACACAUCUCAAUCACGCCAAAGUCAGUAGUAUAUAAUUUUUUGUACACACUUAGUUAAACCUUUAUAUAUCAUAUUGAUAUGGUACAGUUAUGUACAUUUUUAUCUUAGUCUGCUAACAACUACAGUCUUGUACGUAGUCUCUCUCCUAAUAUCUUGAAAUGUAUGUGUGUACUAUAUAAUGUGAUUCUUUUUAGGCAUGAUAUGGUGGUUUACAUUUGCUAUCCUCUAUUUCAGUAUUUAUCUUAUUGAAUGAUAUUGCUUGUUACUGGGGGAAAAAAGAAAACUGUAAAGGUUAAUAUAAUUUUUGUUAUACCUAUUAUGUGCCAACGUUGCUAUUUUAGUGUCGGCAUUAAAACCUGUCUGUACAUAGAUUAAGGGGGGAGGUUAACAAGAGUUAGAACCAGGCUGCAGGCAGGGGGUUAUCAGAGCCAUUAUUUAAGAAAUAAAGAUGAUUUAAAAACUGCUGAACAGUUUUAAUGAUAUUAAGCAUUUUUGUAUGGCAUGCUAUUCUACAAAUAAAAUGAUUUAUUCUCUAGAAUGCAUUAAUUGUCAAUGGUUAUCACUGGGGUCUCUGUCUGGCUGUCUUGCACUUUCUGGGUCAUUUUACCUGCUGAGAGAA